CCUCGCGCGCCGGACUGGCAGGAACCAGCGACGUCUCUAUCGCCGCCCCACGCCUUUUCAACUUUUGAAAACAUCCCGUUUGUGGCCGUACUACCGCCAUGCCUGAUUCAGUGAGCAACGGAACCUUCAUCGCCUACCUGGCGGACGACGGGGAUACCAAGGCUAUCACAUACACCGGCACCUGGGCCCAUCUGUCCUCGGGCUUGAACGACUCGUACCUAGACACGGGCUCCGCGGGAAACAGCGGCUCACAAGCAGCGCUGACCUUCAAGGGGUCAAUAAUCGCGGCCGUAGCGGCAAUCCCCAACGGGCUCAGUGACGCCGAUGCACGCAAUGCCCCCAACGUGUCCUUCGCCGUCGACGGUGGCGCCGCGAUGAACGCGACGGUGGACGCGUCGAACAACACGUUCAUGUACAUUAACAAGGCCCUCGCGGUCGGCCAGCACACGGUCACACUCACCAUUCUCGAGCAGACGGACGCGUUCCCAUUCGUGCUCGACUUCUUCGUGUAUGCGGGCCCGGACGACGUCACGGUUCCCAUUGGCGACACACAGCCGCUCUCGGACGACGGGAGCGCGGGCUCGACGGGAUUCCUGAACGGCCUGUUGCCGGACAUCGAGAAGGCGGAGAACAGCAACAGUGGGCCCCCGGUUGGGCCGAUCGUGGGAGGUGUCAUUGGGGGCCUCGCGCUCAUCGGGAUCGUCUCGCUCGUUGUGUGGUACCUCUUUGUCCGUCCAAGGAGGCAGGGUGGACGGCCGUUCUUCUACGCACCCGCGAAGAUCAGCGACAUACUGUCUAGUGAGAUCGCCGACACGAAACCCCAGCCAUACCCGCUCACGCAGCCCACGCCCGGCGCGCCCACCCGAUCGAUGUCGCAGGUGCCCAGCCUCGCGCGCACGCGCCAGCCCACGUACGCGCAGAGCGAGUCGGAGCUCGAGCAGGGGCUGGAGUCCGUCAGCGGCUCGUCUGGCUACGGUUACGGGGCGGGCAUGGGCGCGGGCAGGCAGGACAAGAAGGGCCCGCUUUCGAGUCCACCGCCCGCAACGUACCAUGCGGAUUCGGGCAUCCGGUUCACGGCUGGCGGUUCGAGCACGGACCCGCUGGCAGACGUUCCGCCGAUGUACAGCUCGAACUAGUCGGCGUUGGGGAAGAGGGGAGCGUUAGCGGCUGUUCUGUAUUUUGCUCUGUCCUUGCAUAGUACGUCUUUUAGUAAUGUGUAGUCAGGCCUCGAUCGGGUGUAUCGAGCGUCCCUUCUUUGUACUUCCAGUGAACAUACAUUCAUUCGAACGUUCGC